CCACAGCGGGGUUCCUGCCGGGCAUGCGUUUCAAUCCUUCAGCCCUGGAGCUUGUGGGUCCGGACGUUCGGAAACCUGGAAGACCCACUCUCUGUUCAUCUCAACUGGAGGAGGGAACGAGGGCGGCGGCUGGCUCUUAGCUGGGUUACCCGGACGGCUGGUACGGCCAACCGAAAACAGUCGGAAUGGAGUCAAAAUCAACAAAAUACCUCAUUCUUUCUGCAGCCCAAGAUCGGACACUCGCUGGCCCCCAUCGGCCCAACCUUGAAAAUGUCCUCAACUAGUGGCGCCCGACGCGAGCCCAAGCCAAAGGCUACAAAUAGAAAUGGCCCUGUCGACGUCGACCAGCAGUGCGGUGUCGUGUUGCCAAACGGCCAGGCCUGCGCACGAUCGCUCACCUGCAAGGGCUAUAGCAUGAGCGCGAAGCGGGCCGUUCCGGGUCGGUCCCAGCCAUACGAUAUGCUCCUGGCUCAGUACCAGGAGAGUUUACGAGUACGUCAACAGCAGGAGGCUGUUAUCGAUGCCUGCGCACACCGAGAGGUCGAGAACGAUGUCAAGAAGGAGGUCGACAGCCACCGGGAGGAUGACAAUAAUUCUCGUUGUCAAAUGGAAGCCAUCUCCUCGCCUCCUUGAUUUAGCACUUGUGGUGAUUUUUCAAGGCGCAUGAAGAAGGCGGUUUUCAAUCGAUUGGGUGUGGAAAGAUGAGAACACUUCGAAAUUUCAGCUCCAAUC